CCAUGUGACGGCGGCGAUGACGGCUCCUUCCUCGGAUAUAGGCAAGCCCUAAUCUGCUCGUGGUCCAGCCCAUCUCCGACCUAAAGCUUUGGCGUCUUCGCGCCUAACUCUCACUCCGACCGUUCGAUCGCUGCCCUCCACCCAUCUCCGGCGUAAAGCUCUUCUCGCUGCCGUGUUCCUACUUCUCUAUCUUCUUCACAGUGAUAGCCACAAGACUUUGGAUGAGAUGCUUUCUGAUGAAUAUUAUGAGCAAGAUGGGAAAGAGCAGAAUGAUUUAAUGCAUUAUAGAGGGUUUCCUUAUUCUUUGGGGUCUAAUUCUGAGCAACAACUAAAGCCAGCUGCAGGGAAUAAGAAUACUGCAAGAUCUUCUAGAGUCUUGAAUGGCAGUGAAAAUUUUAGCGAUGGUGAUGAAGAUGACAACAAUAAUGAUGAUGCUGAUUAUGAAGAGGAUGAAGAUGAAGAUGAUCCUGAUGAUGCAGAUUUUGAACCUGAUUAUGGCAUUACAAGUGAACGCACAUUGAAAAAGGAUAAAAAUUGGGGAGGUGCAGAAUCUGAAGCAGAAGAUGACAGUGAUAAUGAGCUGGAUAUGUCUAAUGAAGACGAUUCUUAUUAUGCAAGGAAAUAAAAAAG